CAACGCAAGGAGGAAGAAAAUAAACAAGGUGAAUAGGAAACUAUACGGCCCAGCUAUUGUUUCGACGGCAAAUCGCCGGCCGGCGACUUCCGUUUCUUUAAUCGCCCCGCCGGACCCUCAUGCACGCACGCACGCCGCCCGCCAAUCCUGCCAGAUCCGGAUUUGAUUAGAGAAAUGGGUCGCCACAUUCUCGUCUCCACGGCUAGGGGAUAAGAGCGGCGGCAAAGGGGGUGGGUGGACGGGGGAGGAAGAAGAGGGACAGAGGAUGGAGGGGCAGCACAAUCCUUUCGCGCAGCAAUUCAUGGACAGCCCGAAGCCGUAUCAGCCCCGAAGGAAAGCGUGUGGCGCGGCAACCAAGAUGAGCACCGGCGACCAACUCAUUCAGCCAGGUUCCAAGAAGGGCACCAGCGACCCUGCCAAUCAGCCAGGUUCCAAGAUGGCCACCAGCGACCCUGCCAAUCAAACAGGUUCCAAGAUGGCCACCAGCGACCCUUCCGGUCAAACAGGUUCCAAGAUGGCCACCAGCGACCCUGCCAAUCAAUCAGGUCCAGUUGCUGCUGCAGAGAAAUUAGAUAUUCUUUUAGGCCUACCAGCGAACAAAUGUUGUGCUGACUGUGGUGCUCCAGAUCCAAAAUGGGUGUCAUUAACUUUUGGUGUGUUCAUCUGUAUCAAGUGUUCUGGAGCUCAUAGAAGUCUUGGGGUGCACAUUUCCAAGGUGGUCUCAGUGAAGCUAGAUGAAUGGACUGAUGAUCAGGUUGAAUUUUUGGCUGAGUCGGGUGGAAAUGUUGUUGUAAACAUGACAUAUGAGGCAUUUCUUGGAAAUUACACGAAGCCAAAGCAAGAUUGCUCAGCUGAUGACCGCAGUGAUUUUAUACGGCGAAAAUACGAGUUUCAACAAUUUUUGUCUAACCAACAGCUUGCAUGCCCUUCACAAAGCAAUGGCAAAAAUUAUUAUUACCAGCAGCAGCAGAGUAAUUCAAAUCGAUAUGGUUUGGGCCAUGCUUUCAGGAAUAGCUGGAGGAGAAAAGAGCACGAGCACAAACCAGUAAAGAAAACAGUGGAGGUGGGUAUGGUAGAAUUUGUUGGAUUAAUUAAGGUCGAUAUCAUAAGAGGCACAAAUUUAGCUAUUCGUGAUGUGAUGUCAAGCGACCCUUAUGUUAUCCUUAACCUAGGACACCAGUCGAUGAAAACGAAGGUGAUAAAGAGCAGCCUGAAUCCUGUGUGGAAUGAAAGACUUCUUCUAUCCAUACCUGAUCCCAUACCUCUGCUUAAAGUGCAAGUCUACGACAAGGACACGUUUACCACCGACGAUCGAAUGGGGGAAGCUGAGAUUAAUAUCCAGCCAUUGGUUGCUGCAGCCAGAGCCUAUGAGACCAAGACUAUCACUGACACUUCCGAGCUCAACAAAUGGCUGGCAAAAGAUGGCAUCUGGAUCCCGAGGGACAGUGCUAUCUCUGUUAUCGGCAGCAAGGUGAAGCAGGAGGUGACAGUCAGGCUUCAGAACGUCGAGCGUGGCCACCUCGAGAUGGAACUCGAGUGCGUCCCUCUCAUUCAAUAGCUGCGAUCCGCGAAAACAGGCGUCGCUCUAACAUCCUGUUGUCAACCUGGUUACCCUAAACAGUUUCAUUUACGAAACACCUGAGACUUGCUUCUGUGGUCACUGUGAGUGAGUACCUUAGAGUCCAAUCGUAUGUUCACCAAGACACAGUGUAAAAGAUACACUUGUAAAGUUAGUAAGAAAAAGAAAAUGCAUAAUGUGACUGGUGAUUGGGCCAGUAAAGUGGAGGUCGUUCUAGCAUCA